UCCCCGGGUGAAAGGUUAGCGGAAGUGCUCUUCCUUCUUUCUGCUGUAGGCCUUGGUGGUUGCUGUCGAAAUGGGCAAAUUCAUGAAACCUGGGAAAGUGGUGCUGGUCCUGGCCGGACGCUACUCCGGACGCAAAGCCGUCAUCGUGAAGAACAUAGAUGAUGGCACCUCAGACCGCCCCUACAGCCAUGCUCUGGUGGCUGGAAUUGACCGUUAUCCCCGCAAAGUGACGGCUGCCAUGGGCAAGAAGAAGAUUGCCAAGCGAUCAAAGAUCAAGUCUUUUGUAAAAGUUUAUAACUACAAUCACCUCAUGCCCACAAGGUACUCUGUGGAUAUUCCCUUGGACAAAACUGUCGUCAACAAGGAUGUCUUCAGAGACCCUGCUCUUAAACGCAAGGCCCGACGGGAGGCCAAGGUCAAGUUUGAAGAGAGGUACAAGACGGGCAAGAAUAAGUGGUUCUUCCAGAAACUGCGGUUUUAGGUGUUUUUGUUUCAGUCAUUAAAAAUAUUUUAAAAAUU